AUAUAUGUAUAUUUAUUGCACCUUUGCACCUUUUCAGAUAGUCCUGACGGCCGUGGUAGCGCGAACCGUCGCGGAGAGCUUCGACGGCAGGGAGUACUAUCAAGGUUACAGAGGACCGGUCGCGCCAUUGUCCAGCGAUGGGAUGGUGAUGGACACUCCGGAAGUGGCCCAAGCCAGAGCUGCACAUUUAGCCAUGCACGCAGAGGCGAUGGCUAGAUUGAGGAAAGCCCAGGCUGAUUAUGAGAUGUACGAGAAUAACGAAGAGAUUGCCGAAUUGGACCCCAUGGAGACUGCGAUGAAGAAACGACUCAGGGAGGAACCUGAUCCUCCUCCACCCAUGAAACCUCCUCAGAUGACAGAGGCGAAAGUGCAGACCCGGGCGAGAUCGGCGUUGAAGGCAUCGGAGUUCUACGACUUCGAGAUAUUCGACGGACGGAAGAACCUGAUAUACUUCACCCCUCUCCGAGUCACCUAUAAACACGUGCCAGCGAUUGGUUACCGAGGACAGUUCGCACCCUUGGGACCGGACGGUCGAGUGGUCGACACGCCGGAAGUGAUGAGGGCACGCGAAGCUCACAUGAAGGCCCACGCACGUGCCCUCGCCCUCUCACAGAACGAACUCUACUAUUAAAGAGAGAAUUAAAAAAGAAAAAAAA